AUGAAUUGUAAGAAUAAAGAUGAACAAAAUAUAUUGAAUGAAUCUCAAUCUCAUUUAUUGAUAAAUAAUGAUGAGCAUGGCAAUAAUAAAGAGACAGAUUUAGGGCCAUACCAACCCAAACUAGCAACACAUCCAAAAAGCUCAGAUAUACCACAAGGAAAACAAAACCAAUUUAGUUUAUUAUGGUACAAAGAAUUUCCUCAUCUAGAAUAUAGCAUCGUAAAAGAUGCAGCUUUUUGCUUUAUAUGUUCUUUAUUUCCUGAAGGUCCGGGUAGACAUUGUUCUAAUAUAGCAUGGGUAGAAGGUGGUGUUAAAACAUGGCAUAAAUUCAAAAGUAGAGGUAAAAAAAAAGAAGGAAAACUAGCUGAACAUUUUUCUUCUUUAUCACAUAAAUCAGCUUUAAUUGAUUUUAGCAACUUUUUGAAUAAUUCUUAUCAUAUAGAUUGUAUUUUAAAUAAAUCAAAUCGUCUAAAUGCCAUAAAUAUAGAGUAUCAAAAACAUUUUCAUCAAGAAGUGAUUGCAAUGUUAUUUGAUAUCACGCGGACUUUAGCACGUCAAGGAUUGGCUUAUAGAGGUGAAGUUAUUAAAGAAGUAGUGGAUUCUGGUAUGUAUUCAGUACUGGCAGAUACUACACCGGAUGUUUCACACAAAGAUCAAUUUGCAAUUUGUGUACGGUAUGUGGACUCUUUUGGGAAAAUAUCUGAAAGAUUGUUAGAAGUUUUUGAAGCUACUGAUAAAACUGGAUUGAGUAUUGCAACAAAAAUUCAUAAUGUUUUACAAAAUAAUGGAUUGCCGGUUAAAAAUAUUGCAUUUCAAUCUCAUGAUUUUGCUAGUAGCAUGUCUGGUAAGAUUAAUGGCACACAACAAAAACUAUCUGAAAUUGUUGGCCACAAAAUUCCAUUUAUUCCAUGCCAAGCACAUCGGCUAAAUACUUUUCUCGAACAUAGCUGUUCUGCAAGUGUUAUUAUUAGUGAUCUAUUUUCUUGUCUGGAACAACUAUAUGUUUUUUUCUCUGGGAGUACAAAAAGGCAUGCACACCUUCAGGAAAAAUUAUCAUUAGUUAAAGACGCUUUACAACUUAGAAAUCUUUCAAAAACUCAAUGGACUGCAAGGGCUGAAUCGAUUAAAGCUGUAUGGAUAUCAUACGAAUCAAUAAUUGAUUCACUGCAAGAUAUGACAAAUUUAAAACCUAUAGACAAAAAAACAUGUAGUAUUGCAUUGGUCACAGAAUUAAAUAUAAUUGAUGCAUUGAUAUUAAUAACGCAUGCAAUUGACAGUUUAGUAGAAAUGAGGAAUGAUAAUAAAUCAAUUGAUAAUUUAAUAGAAAGUGGAAUUAUAUUUGCUAAAAAAUUGAAUAUUGACCCAGACGCAAAUUUUAAUAGACACCAUCGAAGAAGAUUGCAGCCUAAAAAAAUUGACGAAAAUUCUGAUACACAAUGUACAUUCAAUUUAAAAACAUUUUAUAAAAUGGAAUUCAAAGAAGUGUCGGAAGAAUUAAAGCAAAUUUUGCCUACAAGUAAUAAAAUAUGCAGAUUAAUUUUUACUGCUCCUGUAAGUACAGCAUCAAAUGAGCGGGCUUUCAGCAAAUUGAAAAUAGUAAAAAACUAUUUACGAUCCACUAUGAAGGAAGACCGUUUACAGAAUUUAAUGUUGCUAAAUUGCAAUAAAGAUUUCACUGACUCAAUUGACAUUGAUCAGAUAAUGAAACAUUGGGGUCUUAUUAAAGAAAGACGAAUUAUAGUAUAA